GAUUGCUAAACGAACACUCGGAUUUAUCAAAUACAUGUCCAGUAAACGGCAACACCGGUGAUAGACUGGUCAUUAUAAUUGUUAAUUCAAAGAUGAAAAAAAUAAGUUUAAUUUUGUUGACGGCAAUAAUAGGCGUUUCAAAUACAUCCUUGGUGGAUGAUUUUGUGGGUAUAAGGAAUAGCUUGCUCGAGCAGCAGGUUUUACAAUUACUGGAAACAUUUAGGGAGACAAUGUUAACUGGCUCUGGUGACAUUCCGAUUUUGGACCCACUCCAAGUAGAACAAUUACAUAUAGAUGAAAAUAUAAUUGACUUGCCAGGGGCCCACGUGACGAUUAAGGAUUUGGUACUGCAUUACCUCAGUACUUUUGUCGUGGAUCAUUUAAGAAUUUCAAUCAGUGGUUUAAUUCCAUUGCGAUAUUCGGUGCAGUUUGAAGCACACAUUCCGAUUAUAAUCGCUGAGAUUGAUGAGUACGAUCUUUAUAUUAAAGCGAUGGAUUAUGAAAUAUUUGGUAGAGGAGACGGCAAAGUUGAGGUGAUUGAGCCAAAAAUUUCGGGGUCCUUUACUAUUGCAGUCUUAAGCACGACGGUAACAGAUAUGGUCGUUAACAUUGGUUUAAGCAAGUUUGAGCCUCAACUCACUGGACUAUUCUACCACGAUGGCGCUAACAACUUCGCAAACGCUUUUGUUGCCAACUUGGUUCCGGAAAUUGUUGUCUUCUACAAAGAUGAAAUUAGAGACUUUAUAAGUCCUUUAAUACAAGACAUUGCAAAUCAAAUACUGGAAAACGUAAGCAUAGGAGAUCUAUUUCCUCAAUUCCAACACAUUAAGAACGUGAAACUAGACGGAUAAUUGUAAAACUCUUCUGGGUAGUUGUUGUGAUACUAAGUGUUCGUACACUACAAGAAAAAACUAAAUUAAAACUGUUGAGAAUAA